ACCAUAAGCGGAUGCGCUUCAGUAGUUGAAGCAACUCGGGGAGCCACUGUACAGAAAACGAGACUCGCAGUGCUACAAGAGUAUAAUGCACAACAUUAUCAACCAGACUUGAAACAUUCAAACAAAUAUCGCGGGGUGCGUGUUUGCCGUUUCAAAUUCGUUGAUGAACCGACUAACGCCUUCUCUACCUGCUAAUUCGUUAAAAACGAAUGUUACACACGUUUCAUAAAAGGCCUACCACAACCACUGUCUGCGAACUCGGCUUAUCAUACAUGUCAUACGUAUAUGGAGGAGUUAUUUUUAAAGCUGACAACACCUUCUAACAUUUUAUACUCUACUCCACUGGUGGAAUCCAUCGAGCUAUUCCGUGCGAUUGGGUAAUUUGCUUCUUUAAAGCAUUUGCUAUCCGACUCACUAUUUCCAAGUUCCAAUUAAGAUACCCGAAGGAAGUGAUGAAUGAGCAGGACAGCGCCCUCUUGUCAAGGUCCAAGGCUGCAGCUGAAGCUAAGAUAGAAGAGAGUGCUGCAGCCUUGCAUGAACUGAGCAAUGACAUCUGGACUCACCCAGAGCUAAAUUAUGAAGAACACCAUGCCCACGCCAGCCUGACAGACUUUCUCGAAAGGGAUGGCUUUGAGGUAACACGGAACUUCCAUCUGGACACAGCCUUCAAGGCUACAUACGGGACCGAUGGUGGUGUCCAUGUUUGUGUGAUCUGUGAGUACGAUGCUCUACCUGAUAUAGACCAUGCCUGUGGUCAUCCUCUGAUUGCCGAGUCAGGAGCAGCUGCAGGUUUAGGGAUCAAAGCUGCACUCGAGCUGCCCGAUGCACCGAAAGGAAGGGUGACGGUCAUGGGUACCCCUGCUGAAGAGGGUGGUGGCGGGAAGAUUAAGCUCAUCAAUGCAGGAGCCUUCCAAGGAAUCGAUGUUGCUAUGAUGGUUCAUCCCUACCCUCGUAAUGUAUCCAGGCCCGUCAUUCUGGCUUGCACAACCAUGGAUAUUACUUUCACUGGUCGGGCAGCACACGCGUCAUCAUGUCCAUGGGAAGGGGUGAAUGCUUUAGAUGCUGCAGUCUUGUGCUAUGCCAACAUCUCUGCUAUGAGACAGCAACUCAAACCUGAAUGGAGAGUCCAUGGUACAAUCGUAAAAGCUGGGAAAUGUGCCAGUAUCAUCCCAGAAGAAUCGCAGAUGACAUUCUACCUAAGAACAGUCGAAAGCAUUGAUAUGCCUACACUUAAAGAAAAGAUCGGUGGGUGUGCGAAAGGGGCGGCGUCUGCCACGGGAUGCAAGGUAGAGUUUACCUUCGGAGGCGACUACGCCAAUUUAGCCACGAACGAGGCAUUAGCGUCAGUGUACGAGCGUCAGCUAUCGGAACUCUCCGUUGAUUACGCAACCAGUGAAGUGACGUUCUCUACGGAUAUGGGGGAUGUUUCUUACGUCGUUCCAAGUAUACAUCCCUUGUAUUACAUCGGCACUGACGCUGCCAACCACUCGAGGGAAUUCAAUACUGCAACUGGAGCUGAUGCAGCUCAGAAACCGACUCUCGCCCAGGCCAAGGCCGUGGCUUUUACGUGCCUCGAUCUGAUGCAGCCCGGCAACAGGCAUCUUCUAGACAAAGUAAAGAAGGAAUUCAACGAUAAAGUGAAGCCUCUAAAUGAUGCUCAAAGCUAGGCCUAUAGGCCUAUCAGGUCACCGGGGUUUGUCCAGGGGCGGAAAUCUCUCCCAAAAGGUAGGGGGGACACAGGGGCGGAUCCAGCCUUCGCCAAUAGGGGGGGGGGGGGGCGGAAAUUUGUUUCAGCCAUAUUUUCCCCGAUCGGCAGCUCGAAGAUGAUUUGUGUUUGUUUCUUUGAAGGGGUAGUCCUCAUCAGUCACUUCUAAGCUUUAAAUUCAUAUAUAAUAUCAUAAUCCUUAAUUAUAUGAUGCGAGCGCGAAGCGCGAGCUAAUAUUUUGGAAAUUUUCAUGUAUUUUUGCUUAAAAUUUGAACAUUCUGGGCAAUGUUUGUUAUCCUGAAAAAAAUCUGUAUGCAACUUAAUAAUUACUACGAACGCAAAGCGCGAGCAGAAAUGAACUGAUGGAAAAGAUACCUGAUUAAAGACUGCGUGCAGUUAGCAUUUAACAAUCAAAUAAUGCGAGCGCGAGCUGAUUUUUUUGACAUUUUCACAUAAAGAAUGGAAAUUCUAAGCACUUUUUGUAACUCAAGCAGAAUAGGUAUAUAAGUAGACAAUAUUGAUGCGAUCGAGAAGCGCGAGCGGACAAUUUCGAGAUUUAGUCCUUUAAUAUUUACUGAACGAGACACUCUAUUCAUGUUUUGUAAAUCAUGAAAAGGAUGAGUAUUAGUCAUGCGACCGCAUAGCGCGAGCAGAAAUUUUGUAUAUACGUACCUGUUGAAAAGGUAACUGUUAAGGACCGUACUUGCACUUAGCCAUGAAGGCGUUACAUAUUUCAACAAUCAAAAAAUGCGAGCGCGAAGCGCGAGCUGAAAUUUUUUGAAAAUUUAUAAAGAAAGAAUGGAAAAUUUUAAUCAAUUUUUGUAAUCGUGAACAGGAUAGCUGUAUAAUUCAACAAAUGAUGCGAGCGCGAAGCGCGGUCAGAAAAAAAAAUCGAGAUUUAGACCUAAAAAUGGGCCACCCUGUUCAUGUUUUGUAAACAGCCAUAGGCUGAUCGAGGGCUUUUUACCGUGUUUAAAUAAAAUAAAUCAAUCAAAAUCAAUGUUUUGUAAAUCAUUAAUAAUGCGAGCACAAAGCGCGAGCAGAAACAUUUUGAUAUUGUGAUCUGAAACUGGAUAAUGAUUCAAAUAGAGAACAAGUUGAGUAUUUUAAUAAACAUGCGCGCGCGUGUUUCAUAUUUAGACCUACAAUCUAGGUAUUCUAAAUACAUCUUUAAUCAUGAAACUUUGAUAUUCCGAUCUGAAAAAAGAGUCAAUUACAGCUUUAUAUUUCAAGCACUUUGUAGGAAAAUUGUAAGGUGGAUAUGGAUUGCACUUAAAAAAAGAGCUAAAAUUGUCAUUAUUAUUACUUUGAGUUUUGACAUAUAGGACCGGGACAUCCUUACGACAUGUCAUGGAAAUGAUGAAUAUCUUCCUAUUCCUCUUGCUAAGCGCGAGAUGAAACAAAAGGGACAAUUUGAUUUUUAAAUUAAUAUCAUAUUUAUUAACGCCUAAUGAGGGCGCGAAAUCUGAUGAUAUUAAGGCAUAAAAACUGGACAUUUCACUUUUGUAAUUAUGAAUAGGAUGCAUCAGUUAAUAUAUUUUUAACCAUUAAUGCAAGGGCAAAUCGCGAGCUAAAAUUUUUGAUAAACCGUCAUGAAAAGGGGAUUUUAAGUAGUUUGUUGUAUAAUCAAUAUUAAAACAUACAUAACUCGCCAAUCAAAAUGCCAGCGUGCAGCGCUAGCUGAUACGUCUUGACAAUCAGACCUAAAAAGGGAUAUUUUGAAAACUUUAUGGAAUCCACGAAAAUAAUAGGUAUCUGAUAAAUCACAAUUAGCGAGCGCGCAGCGCAAGCAGCAAAUGUUAAUAAAAUUAUUCAGACCAUAAAACUGACAUUUUUACAGAGCACUUUUUAAAAAUCAAUUUGUAAAUCACACAAAAUAAUGAAAGUUCGAUCUCCGAGGUGAAAUAUGUUUUGUAUAUUGUCUUCUACACUUGAUAUUUGAGCUCCAUAUUGAACAAGAUAUGUAAAUCACCUAACAGGCAAUGCGAGCGCGAAGCGCGAGCGAAAAUUUUAUAUAGUGGCACGAAAGAUUCUUUUUAUUUUCCAAGUUUUCCCCUCAUCUUAUUUUAUGCACUGGUCGUCCUUCUCUUCUUUUUCUCCUAUCCUUUUCCCUCCUUUUUUCCUUUUCCCUUCUUUCUUUCCCUUUCUUUCUUUUUUGCUCCGCCAAUAGGGGGGGGGGGGGGCCUGGAUCCGCCUAUGGGGACAAGGGGCGGGGAAAUUUGACAAGUAAGAAAAAGGUUAUCAUCCCAAAAGUACGGUCAUCUCGUCCCAAAAUACAUGUUUUAUUUCGAUUUAGAAUUAUGUAUUUCUUACCAUCAUAAAAGACAACAAAUAGUAGGGGGGACAUUUGAUAUUGUGUCCCCCCUACUAUUUUGAGUAGGGGGGACACGUCCCCCCUGUCCCCCCUGGGAUUUCCGCCCAUGGGUUUGUCUGCAGUGCAAACCUUUCACUCACUCAGGUUAAGUGGUCUGAACACACAGCCUACAACGAAUUAUGUACUGAAGGCAGAAAUUGAAACCGCAAGUUUUAAAUGUCCUAGUCAUUUUUGGAGACCCAUUAGUUGAUCAAAGUUUCAAUCAGCAUGAUCAGGGUCUGUGCCUGCAGACUAGGGGCUAGUAUGUAAUUAUCAUGAUUAUAUACCGUAACAAACUAUUUGAUACAUGAUACACAUGAACAUUCACCACUCCAUUUGCAAUUAUGAAAGUUACAUUUUUAUGUUUACGACUGAGCAAAAAAAAUCGCAUGGAAGGGCAUUGUUUUAAAUGUGACUCUAAUUCAUCAUUUGACUUCUAAUUUACUUCUUUAAAUGGGAAUUCAACCCUAAUAGAAAGUUACUUUUAGAGGGGGAAUAUCAGACAAGUUGUAAAUUUAGACUUUACAGAGAAAGAGAGAGAGUUUAUUGCGUAAUCCGCCUAUGUGAAUAAUUCAGUAAUAUCUUAUACUUACUCAAAUAAUAGCUAUCAUUCUGUUUGGUCUGUUUCAGAACGAAUCUAUUGAAAUGCAUGGAUGGAUUAUUCGUUUACAAAUAUUACAUAAUAAUAAUCCUUAUGUUAUUCAAUUGACAACAAUUGCUAUAAUCAAUAUGUGUGCUAAAUAUGAAAUAAAAUAUAUAUGCAAUAAAACGA